AAUGCAAGAAUUGUUCUAAAUCUGCAUGGGGGAAAAGUGAAAGUGAGACUCUGGCCAGGAAAGGAGAAAGCACAGAUUGCUCAAAAGGUAAAUGGAAAUACUUUUCAGGUAAAUCCGAUUAUGGAAUAUUUUCCGAGGAGUGGCAUAUCUGAGAUAUGGUACUUCAAAAAUAUCCUUUGUGCAUCCUUUUGCUAGCUACUAAAUUGAUGUAAAGUUGAAAACUUUCAUUUGGCUUUCGUAAUUAGUUGGUAGUUGCAAAAAAAAAAAAAAAAAAAAGUCAGAAAAGGAUAUGAACGUACGUGUAUAUCCUUUCCACAUAUGUGUAUGUGUUUCAACGUCUGCGCGUGUGCGUUAAACAACAACAAAUUCGCACACACACAUGCGAGUCCUGCUGCUAAAUACAUAAACGUCCAGCAGCUGUCUCUUUUUAAGCGAACUGAAGCUCUCUCUUUCCCACACAUGUGCGUAUUUGUCACGUUUCAUACAUAAAACGUAGCAUACAUGUGUUACGUGUUUUUGUUGGGGGGUUGAAAUAUAUGGGCGUGGCCAAUGCUUUUUGCCAUAUGUGUGCGAAAGAGAUACCGAAUCGAGGUUAAAAAGAGAUGGCAAAAUAGACGAAAGGCCAGCAUUAAUGUUGAAAUGGCAAUUGUAGUCCUUGCGGCAAUUGUUUUUAAUUUAAAUCUGAGAGUUGUUGAAAAUAAAACCUAAUAAGUCAUAGCCAAUAUGAUUUUUAAACUAAUUUACUUAACAUUUAAUAAUAUUUUUAGCUUAAUAUACCAUUUUUAAAAGCAUGUUUAAAGCUUUUUGUUACUUAGUAUAGUAAAAAAUAAACAUAAAUAUUGUAUAUUUAAAAUUAAAUAUUAAUUUAUAAACAAUUUUUGUGCGCUCUUUCACCAUGGCGCCAUCUAUUUUAUUUCAAAAAGUGCGCCUUAGGAAAAGCUGUUUUGUAGUUCCCAUAAAAUUCCGCCUGAGGACGCUUUCAACUUAAAAAAAAACAAUCAGAAAAUGGUCCCACCCAAUGCCUAUCGUUUUCAAUAUGGCGCCUAUCGAAAAAAGAUCUUGAGAAAAUCUCGAUCGGCCACACUGCUUUUUGUGUUUACUUAACAUAACAGUCGGCUGUUAUUUUUAUACUACGGCACUAUGAUUGCCACCCCUGGUUUACAUUAAAAUAUUACAAUAAAUACCUUUAUUUAAAAUGUAAAUUCUUGAAAGGCAGAAUGCCGUUCUUAUUUAGUGAAACUUGUGAAAUAUGUAAUGAUUUACUAGAUCAUGUACGAGUUAAUCCCUGAAGAAAACCCGUUUAUCGACUGAGAACUGGCGAGAGUGGAGUGAGAAAGGGGAGUAGAACGUGAAUGAGGUGGGGAAAGAGGAGAAGCGAUAACAAGAACGACGCCGAAAAAAAAAGGUAGUUAACGAGUUGACAAGCCAAAAGCAACAAUAACAAGCUGGAAAGAAGAAGAGCUGGAAAUUAUUGGAAAGAGCGAGCGAGAAAGGGCGAGAACCUGGAACAGGUUACCCCUUCCAGCGUUUCACUAAAGAACACAGAAUCUGCAUAAAGUUCGAAUUCUUCGGGAAGAAAAGUGGGAACCAUAAGUGAAGUUAACCCCUAAGAUCGGAUUCAUUGGGAGAUAAAAGAAGAAAUCUUUUGGGAAGAAAUCCCAAAGUGUAGAUUUUUUCAAAAAAAAAAAGAUUUACUAAAUUCUGAUUCGGAAAUAAAUUCAUAUCCAGUAAAGAAAUCAGAAGAAAUGAUGCUUCCAUACAUAGUUUAUCCACUGGUGAUGAUCCUCCUCUAUCCACGUCUUACCAAAACCUCAUCCGGUGGCAAUCCCAGCGCAAGUUCCAGUUCCCCGCCAGAAAUCCCCACAUUCCGACAAUGUGAAACCAUUCGAAUAGAAAUGUGCCGUAAGAUCGGUUAUAAUGAGACCUCUAUGCCUAAUCUGGUGGGCCACGAAAUGCAAACGGAUGUGGAGUACACCCUGCAGACAUUUGCUCCAUUGAUCGAAUACGAUUGUAGUUCCCAGUUAAAAUUAUUUCUGUGCGCCGCCUAUGUGCCCAUGUGUACGCCCAAGGCACCAGUCCAUGCUAUAGGUCCCUGUCGGAGUCUCUGUGAAUCGGUGAGGAUACGUUGUCAUCCGGUUUUGCAGGGAUUCGGAUUCCCAUGGCCACCGGCUUUGGAUUGUGAGCGGUUUCCGCGGGAGAAUAACCACGAAACCAUGUGCAUGGAGGGACCAGGGGAAAUGCAUCAGCCGCAGCAGGAUCAAGAUCUAUAUGGGUUGCCAGGACAAGGAAUGCCUGGUGGCCUGGGCGGUAAAGUACCAAUGGAUUGCUCAGGAUUAGCCAAAUCUCAUCUGUAUGUAAGGCUACCAAGAUCGGGACGAUGUGCACCGCUUUGUGAGGCUGAUAUAUUAUUUACGCCAGCGGAAAAACAUCUGGCGGAGAUCUGGGUCUCGACAUGGGCCUAUGCCGCCUUAGGUCUGGCCCUGGUGGCCACCGUUUGUCUUCUGGCCAGCGAUGGCAGUCGUUUAGCAAGUGCCAAGUGGUCCAGAUUGUUGUCACCUUUGAUUUGGUGCCACAACAUGGUCACUUUGGGAUGGGCAGUGCGUUUCAUUGUGGGAAGAACGGGCACAGCAUGUGGAACGGAUCCCCAAGCUCCCAAUGAAUCCCUACUCAGCGUGGAUGGACUCUCCAAUGCAUCCUGUGCCAGUGUCUUCCUUAUGCGAUACUACUUUGGGAUGGCUGCUUGCGCUUGGUGGGCUGUGCUUUGUUUGGGCUGGCACCGAGACAUUCGUCGGCAUAGCCCGGAUUCCAAGGGUCAUGUGGCCAUUCCCUCUAAUUUUGGAGGCAGUCCAGCGAAAAGGAACAAUGUCAAGAACGCCCAGCAGGAUCUGACACAAAAUAACUUUGUGUGUUUUGUGGCCUGGGGAUUGCCGGCCUUUCAAACGGCAGCUGUGAUUGUUGCCCGUUUUGUGGAUGCAGAUGAAUUGCUGGGCGCCUGCUUUGUGGGCAACCAGUCGGAUAAGGCUCUCCAGAUUUUGGUGGCCACGCCUGUCUUUUGCUAUUGGAUUUUUGGGUCGAUGAACCUGAUCUCCGGCUAUCUGGUACACUGUCGCACCAAGGAGAUCUUAAGGAAUAGCAAUACUCUGAGUUUACAACAGCAACUCCAACAAUUGAGUGCUCAUAGUAGUUCAGGUAUUGGUAUAUUCCUUUUCAUCUAUGGACUGGCAUGUGCCCUACUCCUUUUGGCAGUCAUUUACGAGUUUGCCAACAUCGAUGUUUGGCUGGGAUCGGGUGACACCAAUACGCCAUUGUGGCCAUUUUUAGUGCGCGCCUUUAUGGAACUGAUGCUGGGCAUUUGCUGUUUUGCUUGGGUCUUAGGACCGAGCAUUUCCACUCUCUAUAAGAGACAAGUUGGCAAUGGCAAGAUGGUGAAACAGACGACUACAGGAGGAGGAGUUGGAGCUGGAAAUCUGGAUGGGCAUAGUAGCUCACGAGGAUCACAUGCUGCUUGCAACAGUACGGUUGUCUCGUAUCAUUCAGUAAGGCCAUCAAUGGCAAGUGCUCCCUUGCCGCCAAGUCCCUACAAACUGAAGACUUCACCUGGAGCAGGUUCUAUAUCGCUAAAUCAGAUGUCCAACUAUUCUCUGGGUAGAAGCAUGCAUCACCAACAGCGCCAUUCACCCCAUCAUCAUCAUCACCAGCAGCAGCACCAUCAUCAUCAUCAUCACUCCUCAUCCUCGCAUCGCCUGUAUUAUCCACCCGGUAGCUAUGCUUCGCAAAAGUAUAGCCAGCAUGGUAGCUAUUAUCCACACUUGCAGCACUAUGGCGAUGAGACGCUGCUCUAGGCGGGAUUAAGCCUACAUUCAGGGGAUGAUACGACGACCCCUGCUUCCAGUCAAUGUUCCUGCGGCAGCAGCUGUGCCAAAGUCAGUCCUGUACUAUAAUUUAAAGUGGUGGGGUUAACUAGCUAUAAAACGGACUUAGGUUUAGGAUAUUUUAACUGCUCCUUCCCAUAGAACACAAUGAAAACCUAACUAUGUACUGUGUAUAUAACCCGGGAAAUGUCCUCUUAUUUAGUUUAGACCAAAAAAGAAAGGUCAUAGGUCAUCUAGCCAACCCCCACACAUACACACAUUGUAUUGUAAUUGCCCUAGAUGGGAUCCCAUAUCCUAUUUUCGUGUGUACUUAAUGUUGCUCCUAAUUAGUUGCCCGUUGCGUUGCCCUUUUGCCGUUUUGGUGUAACCAAAUUCAAUAAUCGCUCUUGCCUUUUACACAUUAAGAUGUCGCCUGUGCGCUUUAUAUAUAUAUAUAUAUAUAUAUAUAGCUUUGAUAUAUAUUAAAACAUAUUUUUUUUUUCAAAAAGAGAAAGGAACACGCAGCAACCAAAUACUGUGAUACGCAUGUUCAUGUCUUCAAAAAAUGGCCGAACAGAAAAGUAGGACCUCCCUUGCUGUCUUCUUACUCUGAUGCCGAAACAAGUGUACUUAACAAAUGAAAAACAAUCGCAAUUGCAAUCCUAGAAGUAAUGCCUAAUUGUAUUCAGUGUGCCAUUAGCUUUAAGGACUUUACUGAGCAAGUCAAAAACACAAAAUGCCUUGGAGAAAUCGUUAAAAUUUAAAUCGAACUUUAUGUGAGUGAAAUUGUUAAAGAUUUCCUUUAAGUGAAACCAUAUUUGGGUAGUAUAAACCUAUUUUUAUACAGUAAUCCCAAUAUUAUUUCAACUAUUUCAAUGCCGUAGUCUCUUUCUAAGAACGUAAACCAGAACAAGGCCUUAUUUUAACUGUCCAACUACCUAACUCUAUAAAAAAUAAGAAUCUAUACGCAUCGUAUAGAUCUUAACUAACAGUAUAUGUAUUUUGUAUUGUGUAUUUUUUAUUAAUAUAUAUAUGUAACUUAUUUGCUAGCGAAUAAAGUGUCGAAAAGUUAA